AUGCCGGCUAGAACAUCAACACGUCAAGCAGCUGUGAAAGCCAACCAAGCCUUUGGCCAGGGUGCUGGCACCAAACGCAAAGGGCCGGAAUCUGGCCAUUUGCCUCCCAAGAAAGGGAAGAAGGAUUUGAAGCCUGAUGAAGGAAACAAUUAUGAAAAGCCUUCAGUGACCGAAGAGACACAGGAGAUCAAAUCUUCCGAAGACCCUUCUCAGGCACAGACUACAGUGAACAAGCAACCUACUGAAGCUCCUCCCAAGAGGGCUGAAGAACCGGAACAAAAGGAUGCCGUGGUAGAAGAGAAAAAACCCGAAAAUGUCGCCAAUGGCAUGGAGAAUAAUCCGACAGGCGAUGAAAAAGAAGAGCCGGACCCCAAGCAGUCCAAGGCAGCUAUCAAAAUAUCCCCUGAAAGGGAAGCCGUCCUCCCUUCUAGCAUCCUCGAAAAGGGCAUCAUUUAUUUCUUCUUUCGCCCACGUGUGAAUGUUGAUGAACCUCAUAGCAUCGACGAUGUUGCGCGCAGUUUCUUUGUACUACGACCUACACCUAAAGGUGCAGAGAUAAAAGGCGGGCCAAUCGGUGACGACGACCAUUGUCGACUCAUGAUGCUUCCAAAAAAGAGAUAUCCCUCUUCAGGAAAGGAACGGGACAUGGGAUUUGUGGAAAAGGCCAAAGUCACCUUGAAAACACUCCGUGAGACAUUAAUGACAACGAAAUCAUACGAAACGAAAACGCGCGGAGAACGGACAACCCCAGAAGCACAGCCAUAUGCCGAGGGUGUCUAUGCACUCAUCAAAGAAGGCAGCAGCUCCCAUCUAGCGUAUAUUCUUACAAUUCCGCGGGAACUUGGUGAUAUACAGAGCGAUUUUGGUCUAUAUGACCGCGGCAGCUUCGUCAUUCAGUCGAAGAGUCCCAAGUACCCCGGUCCUGCCACUGCUCGGUUGCCUCAAGAGCCUGAAUAUCCUGAGAGUGUCCUUGAAAAGUUCCAGCAUUAUCGUUGGAUUCCUACGGAGCCGGAGCUUCUGGAUUAUCCCAAUGCUCAGUUCCUCAUGAUAGGAUCGGCCCAGAGCCAGCUCGGGAGAGCCGGGGGAGCUCACGUUGAUGAUAAGGGCACGAAGAAAGACCCUGCUGAAGAGCUUGGUCAACUAGAGGAAGAAAAUGAAGAGAGAGUUGAAACUCUGGCUGGUGACCACUCCAUCUUUGAUGACUUGGGUGUUGAUGUUAAGCGGCAUGAAAGCUUGCCAUCAGCUUGGGAGUGA